AUGACACCGGCUAAUAGAUACGAUGCGGCUUUUAAGGAUAUUUGGAAUGUUAAUGUGCCGUUGAAAGUGAGAUUUUUUGGUUGGAGAUGCUUCCGUAAUAGAGUACCAACAAAGGAUUCCCUCAGGAACAAAGGUAUUCUUCCUAUUUCUUCGAAUCUCGGUUGUGUUUUCUGUGACAAUGGCACCGAAUCUAUUCUUCACUCGUUUCUCUUUUGUCAAAAUGCUGGGAUUGUGUGGAAGGAGAUUGCCGAAUGGAUUGGGAUACCGUUUACGAUAGGCGUGGAUUUAAAGGAUAGUUUUUUGAAUUGGAGUAACUCUUGCCGGGCGAAGAAAGUUAAAAGUGGUAAAAUUGGUACCGUGUGGUUAGCUACUUUGUGGAGUCUUUGGUUAAGUAGGAACGACAUUGUUUUCAACAACGGUUCUUGGAACUCGAGGGAUGUCGUUUGGAGUUGUAAAGCGCUCGUGAAGCAAAUUAAACCAUAG